CCUGGACUGAAGGAGGAGCAGCGUCGUUCUUCAGGAUGACUUCCCUGUGGCGCAUCGUCCUCAACAAACCGCGGCUGCGCCUCUCUCGCCCUCCGUCCUGCCGGCCGCUCCACGUGGGCCAGCGAGCCUCCCUCACCAAAGCGUUCUCCGCCCGCGACGUGCAGCUGUUCGCCGAGCUGACGGGCGACAACAACCCCGUCCACCUGGACCCGGCCUACGCCAGCACCACCUCUUUCGAGGCGCCCAUCGUCCACGGCGUCCUCAUCAACGGCCUGAUCUCGGCCGUGCUCGGCACCAGGAUGCCCGGCCGCGGCUGCGUCUUCCUCUACCAGGAGAUCCGCUUCCCGGCGCCGCUCUACAUCGGCGAGGAGGUGCUGGCCGAAGCGGAGGUCCGCAAGAUCAAGAUGGCGUUCGCCUUCAUUGCGGUGACCUGCUCCGUCAGGGACAAGGUGGUGAUGGAGGGGGAGGUGAUGGUGAUGAUGCCCGAUGAGCAGAAGAAGAAGGAGUGAUUUCAAGAUGGCCGCUGCAGCAGACAACCGUGACACUUUGUGUCACUCAAAAUAAUCUGUUAUUGAUGACAUGUGACUGAAACAGAAACGUCUAACACAAAGACUCUCAGAUUAUUUAUUUAGAUGUUUCAUUCAUCAUUUCUGCUUUGUACUUUCUUUAAUGUGUUGAAUAAAACAUUUUUGAUUUAGUAAAUCCA